AGGAGUGCUAAUAAACAGUACGUGGAAGAGAUGCAAAGAGGCGGUUGUUGCGGCGGCAAUUGCAGCCACGAAGGGAAGAAAUGCACUUAAAGUCUGAAACUGAAAAUUGGACUUAAAACAAAAAGGACGAAAAGGAUCUGGCGCAAAGUGCGAACGAAGAACCAAUAUGAUUUCAGCAUUUCACGUCCUGAAAAUUUCGUGUAUGUGUGCGGAACGGAACGCAAACGUUCAGGUUCAGGCUUAAAAGUGAAGAAAGAGUGUGUGAGAGAGCAAGAGAAAGAGAAAUAUUCGUGGUGGGAGUUGCGUCGCGCCUCAAAUCCAACCCUAGGGGUGGGGGAAGAACCUUAGAGCGGUUGCGGCCGACCCGCUCCUGAUCCCCGGUAUCCUCACUCAGUCGGUUCCAAACCGCAAACGGAACACGUUCCUAAAAAAAUACAGAAAACAACAAACAGAAAUAUCACAAACACGAACUACCUAUUUAUUAUUUUUGUUUUUUAAUUUUUUUUGGGAACGUCUGUUAUAAAACAACUAUUAUAUAAUUUAGUGUACAUAAUAUAAUACCCAAAACAACUAUAUUCUCCCACCAAGUCUUAUGUUUUCUCUCAUUUGAAUGUAUCGCAAACAAAAGAAAAAAGAAACAAUUAAACUUUCUAGUGAUUAGAAUUGUGUGUAUAUCAUCAAGUGCUUGAGUUGUAUCAUCUUCUGGUUGUGGUGUGUGCAAGUGCGCCCACGAGUUUUAAAAGUUUUUCCUGUUUUACUUUUUCGCGAGUUCUCAGCCCGAAAAGGAGCCAGGAUAACUGAGGAAUGAUUGGAUGUUGGGUGUAAUGGCAACUGUUACUACUGGCUUACUGUCGCCGAAUUCUUAUGGGCUAAAUCCCGAUCAAGUGGCGGCCAAGAUGGCUUUUCGAGGAAGCUUCGGGGGCGGCAAUUCCAGCGACUCGGAGAACGACUAUCGCCUUCAGCAGGCGUGCGAGCUCCCGAAGCGCAACAAGCGGAAGAACUUCAAGCCGCGAUGCUCGAACAUCGCCUCUUAUUCGGAUACAGAUGAAGCCCUGAAUCUGUCCGAAUUCAGCAACAACAACAAUAACAAUAAUAACAACAACAACAAUGCGAGGAACCGCAGGAAGACGACGGCAGCGAGGAGGGUGGUUGUUGAAAGCAGCAAUUACCAUCCGAUGGAUCUGAGCAAGAACGACUCGGAGUCGGCGUCCACCGAUUCCGAGCUGAACUUCGAAUCUGAAGGGGAACCGAAGAUCCCACCAGGCUUCUCCAUCCACAGCCUGGCGAAACCUCACCAUCAUCCCGACUUCCUGACGGCGGCGCCAAGCGGUGGUCAUCAGCAUCAGGAUAUGCGAGAGUACGCUGUGAACACGAUGCGGGAAUUGCUCGGCAUCUACGGGUUGACCUCAGAAGUCGCGGAGUCUAUCAGUCGGCAGCUUCCGAUCGCCGCCUUCAGCUCAGGAAAGAUCUUGGAGAAUCUAUCUCUUGGUCCUUCGGCGGCGGUGAUGGCUGCAGCAGUAGCAGCAAGUAGGAGUCCUCCGAGUCAGCCGCCGACGCCGCCAAGCACGCCGCUCUCGCCGAAAUCAUCCAUCGUCAGCGAGCGUCAGCACAUCGUGCCAAGCAUUACGAUCACUCAAACAACUAGUCCGAACCUCAACAUACCUCACCAGAAGGUUCCUCUGAACCUAGGCAAGAAAGCCACCCCCGUGAAGUCUUUUCCAACGAACGGCUCGAGCUCCACCUCCGUCGCUGCAGUAAUGCCGCCUCUGCCCGAGUUCCCGCCGUUCCCCUUGGACGACCCUAAGGCCGCCCACAUCCUUAAUACCAGGGGUAUCUUUCCGCAGAUCAUGCAUUUCGGAGGUUUGAAGGAGGACGGAAGUUCGCCUCCUCCACCACCUUCGUCUUCAUCUCUGGACGGAUUUGGCAGCAGCAGCAAUCCGCUGAACGCGAUGAUGGCACAAUCCUUAGCACCUACGAUCCGCGACCAGCAGUUGUUGACCAAAUCGCAGCAGUCCCAAAUGGAUUAUUCCAAAUACGUGAAGAAGUUCUCGUCCUCGAUGGAGUGUGGAAGCCGUUACUGCAAGGAUUUGAACUACCGCGAGCACUUCCAUUGCCUGGACUGUAACUCUCGAGUUUUCCUGAAGAAAGAGGAGAUGAUUAGGCACUUCAAAUGGCACAAGAAGAGGGAUGAGAGUCUGCAGCAUGGUUUUAUGCGGUACAGCCCUCUGGACGAUUGCUCCGAUCGCUACGGGAAUUGCACGCACAACAAGAAGCAGACGCACUAUCAUUGCAUCAAGGAUGGAUGUGAUAAGGUGUAUAUCUCUACCAGCGAUGUUCAGAUGCAUGCUAACUACCACCGCAAGGAUUCGGCGAUCAUCCAGGAAGGCUUCCAAAGAUUCAGAGCGACUGAGGAAUGCGGCGCGAUUUACUGCGCCUUCUUCGGACAGCGCACCACGCAUUUCCACUGCAGACGCCAAGGAUGCCGAUACACGUUUAAGAACAAGAGCGACAUGGAGAAGCAUAAGUCGUACCACAUCAAGGAUGAGCAAUUGUCGCGUGACGGCUUCAAAAAGUUCAUGAAGAACGAGAUGUGUCCGUACGAAAACUGCCGUUUCUCCAAAGUCUGCAAUCACAUCCAUUGCAUCCGUCCACAAUGCAAUUACGUGCUGCACAGUUCCGGCCAACUGUUCUCGCAUAAACGCAAACACGAGCGCAAAGACUCCGAGCUUGCCUACCGCAAAUAUAAGCUGGCACAGUCCAUGAUGAAGAAUUUCCAGGAUUCGCCAGCCGGCGGCUUUUCCUCAUCUCAUUACGAUCAGAUGGAUAGCAUGAGCUUGUUCAAUCAAAGCUCCUCAAACAUGUCGAACACGGAAUCGUUGAGCGAACGCAACUCUCCGGUGUCCUACGAAGAAGAUAAUUCCGCGAUGGACCUCAGCGCCAACGACUCAAACUUCAACGACGAGAAUCCCACGUGGAAUAACGAGGAUUUCUGGAAGAAGUAUUGCCAGCAUAUCUCCAAGUCCGAUAUGUGCAUCGAGAGAUGCGAACACGCCAACCAAGAUCAUUACCACUGCCUCGUCGAACACUGCAAUGCCAAUUUCAAAUGCAAGGAUGGAGUUCGAGAACACGCUCGUAACCACGAACAGCAAGAGCAAGUAACAGACGCUUUCUAUACCACCAUAACAAAUGGCGGUUGCGAGAAUUGCAUCUAUCAAGAUAAGGACAAACAUUUCCACUGUAAUUGGGAUAAUUGCCGAGAAGUGAUUUUGCCGAGCGAGAAACCUUUCCGUCGUUUGGAACAUUACAAAAUGCACGAGUACUCCAAAAAGCUCAGCCUGACCAAAGAUCCUCUGACCAUGACUCACCUAGCUACAUCCGUCGAUGGCAUGUUUUGCAGAAAGCGCGGCAGGCCGCCAAAGAAUCGCGUUAUCGAAGUUUGGAACGAUUACUCUCCGAUCGGUGGACAAAGUCUUAUGGACUCACCUCAAGCCAUCUUCACCAGUUUCAAGCUACCAAAACCAUCGGCUGCGGCUACAUCCAGUAAAGAUUUGGACGACUCCAACGACGAAAGGUCGAACAGUCCGACAAGCAUCCAAGAUUACAGUCUGCAAGGUUUCGAUAUAUAUAACGAGAAUGUUAAAUGCCCAGACAACUUGUGUCCGUAUUUGGGACAAAUGCAUUUCCACUGCACGCAGAACCGCUGCCUCUACGUCACGGACAAAGAGGACGUCCUAAUUAUGCACAGCAAAGACUUCCACGAUAACAUCGAUAUUUUGGAUGGUUUCGAAUUCUACGACCGUAACGUGGACUGCCGUCUAAUGAAUUGCCAAAGCAACAAGAUCAACCGCCAUUUCCAUUGCACGCGCCCCAAUUGCGGCUACUCGUUCGUCCAAUAUUCCACGAUGGCUUUGCACAACCAAAAGCACGUGGACGAAGCUGAGCUGAAGAUCAAGAACGAAGUGGAUUGCAACAAAUCAGAUGAUGCCAUCAACCUUAGUCCGGACAGCAAAGUGGUUAAGGCUUCUGGGACUUUUUACCCUCUUUCAAGUAUACCAUCUGAUCCACAAAAAUCACCAGAACUUAGAUCCACAGAUAACGAUGUAAAUUCAAGCAAUACCCUGUAUGGACCGGAACUGAGCUGCAGCAGACCGUUCUGCAAGUUGAAGAGGAAAUAUCAUUACCAUUGCAACGCGUGCAAUCAAGCUUUCUCUGAAAUCGAUCGCCUAACAGUGCACAUCGCCAAACACAGUAACGGUGCAUUGAACAGCCAAUUGCAACAAGAGGACAAUAACAACCAUCAACAGCAACAACAGCAGCAGCAAAUCAAAGAGCCGAAGAUCAACGUUGCGCCUUUGCAAUCGCUGCAGAACCCAAAGCCGCAGGAACAAACUUCUCCUCAAGAAACCUACCUUCCUCCAAGCUUCGAUGCGUAUUCGGCGUUUGGAAAUUUCCCAGCGAAUCUGGCCACCCAGUUCGCUCUUAUGUCGCAGCAACAAUUCUUACCGCAAUCGCUUUACCAGAAUCCGCAGUUAAUGUUCCAACAUGCAGGACUUAUGCCCAACCCUUUACUCGCUCCACCGCAGGGUGCUUAUGGUGAUAAUAUGACCUCACCAUUAGCCGCUAUGGCUGCCAAUUUAAACAAGCGCUCGCUGGAUAGUGCCAAUGAUAUGACACCAGAUGCUAAGAAGGCGCGUAUUCAAAACUCCAUGAGGAUACUGAAAGAUGAGCCUGUGCCUGAAGGAUACUUGAGGUUCCGUUUCAACGAGGACUGCCAGUACCAGCAUUGCGGAUACAGGGAACACCAAACGCAUUUCCAUUGCCAAAGGCAGGAUUGCGGAUACAGUUUUUGUGAUAAAACUAGAUUUGUUCAACAUACUGCUCGUCACGAGCGUUUGGACACGCUCAUGGGUGGCGACUUCCAACAGUACAGAGCCAACGUUGCUUGCGGAAGACCCGAUUGCACAUACACCACCAACUUGGGUUCCACGCAAAACAAAGCUUCGCAUUUCCACUGCUUGAAGUGCGAGUUCGUCUGCACGGACACCAACAAGGUCGUAGCUCACAGACGCCAACACCAGAAGCUGGACUCGAUUCAAGCUGCGGGCUUCGAAAAAUUCACACCGAGUCAACAGUGCCGAUCCCCCAACUGCCAGCACAGUGGUAAACAGACUCAUUACCAUUGUCUGCAAUGCCAGUACGCUGUUUUGGGAUUGGCGCAAAUGUCUGCACAUAAAUACAGACACAUGGAGGGCUGAGACGUUAUGUAAAUAUAUUAUUUUUUAAUAUGUACAAAGGAUUUAUUUCAUAUGAUUGUAUAUAGAUGAACAGUGAACGUAGCAAUAAGUUGAUUGAUUUUUUU